UGAUGCACAACGAUGUGUUAAUCGAAGAAAACCAUCAGACAUUGCAAUCGAUCGAAGAUCAAAUGUUUUUUUGAGAUCACGCCCCCCGACGCGUUUUUCAUUGAGUAGAAAGAAGUUUUGGCAGUACAAUAAGAGUGGUAACACCCUGCAGGUUACCCAAGCCUAAACUACUGGAUCCCAAAUCGGAAAUCCGAGUGAAUAGAGCAGCCAGCCUAGCAUUUCCGGUGAGGCACCACGGUCCGCCAGGCGCCACGCCAGCGCUCCCGUGACUCCGUCCGCUCCCGGCUCUCGCACAGGCGCUCCCGUCGUCCGCUCCCGUCCGGCUCCGGUCCGGCUGUCCCCUCUGGUCGACCCCCAAGCCGAGCCCCCGACGGCGGACGGCUCACGGCCGGGCGGCCGGCACUCAAGCAGCGCCGCAGCAGGCAGCGGCAGCGGCCAGGCCACGGCACACGGCCAGCACAGGUGAAUUGUACCCAGAUCGGCGGCUGACGCAAGGCCGAGCAGGCGACGGCCGCAGGGGCGUCAAUGGGGCACCCUUACGCGCCGGCCGAACUGGAUCUGCCGGGCUUCGUGCCGCUGAAGCUGUCCCAGGCCGAGAUCCUCGUGUCCUACCUCGGCGCCUCCCUCUUCGUCCUCCUCGCCGUCUGGCUCGUCUCCGGAAGAUGUGGCAGAUUAUCCAAGACCGACCGUCUGCUCAUGUGUUGGUGGGCAUUCACAGGGUUGACCCACAUAAUGAUCGAGGGGCCCUUUGUCUUCACUCCUGAUUUCUUCAAGAAGGAGAACCCCAAUUUCUUCGAUGAAGUUUGGAAAGAGUAUAGUAAGGGGGACUCUAGGUAUGUUGCUAGGGACGCCGCAACUGUUACUGUUGAAGGGAUCACUGCUGUAUUGGAAGGCCCUGCAUCACUGCUUGCUGUCUAUGCUAUUGGAUCCCGGAAGUCCUUCAGCCAUAUUCUCCAGUUUGCCGUCUGUCUAGGUCAGCUCUACGGAUGCUUGGUUUACUUUAUCACUGCAUACUUGGAUGGCUUCAACUUCUGGGUCGGUCCAUUCUACUUCUGGGCAUAUUUCAUUGGUGCAAAUAGUUUCUGGAUUUGGAUACCGAUGCUCAUUGCCAUAAGAUCCUGGAAGGAAAUAUGCGCAGCAUUUCAAGCUGAAAAGGUGAAGACCAAAUAAAAGCUGUCUUAGCCACCAUUUGAUUGGAACCAAGACUUGUACUCCCUCCAUCCCAAAUUGUAAGUCGUUUGACUUUUUUUACCCUAAGUUUGACCACUCGUCUUAUUCAAAAAAUUUGUGCAAAUAUAGUCAAAUUUUAAGUCAUUUUUGAAGAAUUUUUAUUAAUAAACCAAUACACAACAAAAAAAAGUGAUAUUUUGUAUAAAACUUUGAAUAAGACGAGUGGUCAAAUUUGAUAUUAAAAAAGUCAAACGACUUAUUACAAUUUGGGAUGGAUUGAGUACUAUGGAGAACUUCAUUCGUUGUCUGAAAUUCUUAUGUUGGUAUUGGAAAAUGGAAACUGCAUGUACUCUUUGCUCAAACAACAUUGUGAAUUUGUGAUGCAGAAAAGUUGAUUUUGUUUACAGGGUUUCUGUUUUUAACCCUAGGUGAAAUAAAUAAAAGUGUUACCAGUGC